GCGGCCUCAUCUGUACAGACUAGGCUAGCGAGAGUGCUGACUCACACUGGCCAUGACCCGACGCCGCCGGGGCAAGCGCGGGCGCACGAGCCCCGACCCGCCGGCGAAGCGCCGCCGAGGCGGCCCGCCGGGUUUAGAGGUGGACGAGCCGGAGCCCGCUCCGGCUCCAGCGCUGGCUCCUGCGGGGGCCGCGGCUCCGCAGCCGUCGAUGGUGAUGGUCGCGGGGCUACCGCCCGGGUGCGGCGUGAUGGAGCUCAAGUCGCGGCUGGAGGCGUACGGCCCCAUCGCGCGCUCCCGCGUGGACGCCGCUGCGGCCACCGGUUACGUUACCUUCCGGUCCGGCGAGGCCGCCGUGGCCGCCAUCGCCGCGUCCCUCGACCCCGACGGCGGCAUCACCAUCGGAUGCAAGAAGGUUUUAAUUGUACAGGCCAGUGAGGCGCUAAAUAACUCGAAAAGCGUAGUUCGAGCUGCUGACCCAGCAGGGCAAUCGUUGCAUGAUGCAACGGCGAAUAAUGUGAUUGAUGAUUCAGCCGUCCCGAGCUCCAAAGCAGCUUCAAGAGCGACCUACAAAGCUCGAGAAAUAGUCGCCUAUGAUGAUCUGUUCUAGUAAGUAUUAAGUAGCCUUCUCUAGGGAAGGGAGGAGCCAGCUUGGUCUUGUAUAAUGCUAGGAACUUAAGCUGCGCCUGUGUAGGUCGCAAUGUUGCGCUGUAGUGAGCAACUGUUUCCUGUCUUCAGUAUGUAUCAUGAAAAAGUUUUCAUGGAAA